CGCGCGCCAUGAUGGAGCCCAAGCCGCGUCUUUUCAAACGGUCCGCCUCCCCCGGCGGCAGGAUCUGCUCCCCGCCGCCCGGCUUGACGUCAGCGGGACCCUGCUGCCCUGACAGCAGCCCCCCGGCCGCCGGCUUGUACUGCGGGCUGAUCCCCGCCUGCAGCAAGCCGCUGCCCGCCGCCGGCAACGCCGUCUACACGGUGCUGGUGGAGGACCCGGCGGCGCUCCGGAGGCGCUCCAGGCGCAGGAGCUCCGGCGAGGACAGCGCCGGCAAGAGCCCCGGCGGCAAAGGCAGGCUGCAGCUUCUGCCCAAGAGUCCCACCCACUGCAAUGGCAAGGGGUUUCCGGGGGAAGCGGAACCAGUCAACGGCCAGCUGAGGCACCUGUCCGAUCCUUCGGCGCUGAAGCGGCUGGAGGAAGAGGCGGCGGCAUUACGGCUGCUUGAGCAGGGCCCCCUCCAGCACCAGUCCGCUCACAUCCCUGUGCCCAGGCAAAGAAAACUGUCGGAGAAAGCGGGCAUUGACGAGGUCAUGGCAGCCGCGGUCCUCACCAGCCUGUCCACCAGCCCUGUGGUGCUUAACAACCCACCCAACGGUUUCAGCACAGAACCAGGCUGUGAUGUGUGGAAGGAAGCUCCCCCCAUGUCCUCCAGCUGCAGCAGCAGCAGCAACAACAGCGGUGACUGGAGCUGGGACCCCCCGAGCGACCUCUCCACCCCUUCCACGCCGUCGCCCCCGCUCUCCACGGACAUCGCCACGAGCUUCCUUUCUUCCCUACAGUCAGAACUUGAGGAGACCGAAGCCACUCACUUCCUGUUUGGCGAUCCCAUCCCCAGGAAGAGGAAGAACUCCACCAAGGUGAUGUUCAAGUGCUUGUGGAAGAACUGUGGGAAAGUGUUGAGCAGUUCCUCCGGGAUGCAGAAGCACAUCCGGACCAUCCAUCUGGGACGGAAGGCUGACCUGGAUCAGAGCGACGGGGAGGAAGAUUUCUACUACACUGAGCUGGACGUCAACGUGGACUCCCUGACGGACGGCCUGUCCAGCCUGACCCCCGUCUCCCCCACCUCUUCUGUGCCCCCUGCCUUCCCCAUCCUGGAGGAAGUCUUGCAUACCCCACCAAUUCCAUUCAAGCCAGAGGUCUCCAUGGUGUCUCAUCUGAGCCAAUCGACGCCCAUGACCAUCCUGAGCCAAUCGGCACCCACCAGCCUGUGCCACAUCCAAACUGACCACGCCUACCAGGCGUCAGGUCCGGCCGGCGUGCUGGCGGACCUGACCGCUCCAUCCACUGGAAUGGAAAUCAGCAUAUCUUGGCAGCAGCCGGCCCUUUUCCCACCGCCUCUUCCUCCAGUCCUUUUUAAAAGCCACGCGGGCUGCCUAACUCCUAUCCGCCCCGCUGACGUGGGAGAGAAGCGUCCACAGGUCGCCCCCACACCCGUUGCCAAAGGACAUCCAUUAGUGCCCUCUUCCGUGCCAAAGCCUACGACAGGCACUAGGAAGCCGCGCGGCGAAGCCAAGAAGUGCCGCAAGGUCUACGGGAUGGAGAACCGCAGCAUGUGGUGCACUGCCUGCCGUUGGAAGAAGGCUUGCCAGCGGUUUGUCGACUGAGCGGCACCGUCUUCCCCGCCGAGUUCCGGGACACUAUCCGCCGCUCUCGAUCCUCCUUGCGCAUUUUGCACUUCCGUGCCUUUUCCAAUCUGAUCUCCCUCGCCGUCCGCCCCGAUCCCCGGCAACAAGACCCCCCCCCUCCCAAGGUGGGGUGGGGGCUCCCGUCUGUGCCUUGGCUCAGGAAAAAGGAGCGUCCGGUGCGGACAGUGCUGUUGCUGGUGCUGGUGGCUUCCCAAGAAGACAGGCAGGAAUCGUCGCGGCCCUCCUCCUCCAGCAGCGCCAACCCACAUGGAGCCCCACUGAGGGCUUCUCCGCUCCCACGUUCAGAGCCUUUCUGGCUUCAUUUGCAUUAUUAUUUUUUUAUACCUGCCACAAACCUUGUUGGGUGAACGGCAGCUUUAUCCAUGUCCGCACAUGUGAAGAUUGAGCCUUUUUCUCCCUACUCCCCUUUGGUUUCUUUAUUUUCUUUCCUUUUUUUUUUUUAAAGAGGGAAAUAAGCUAUUUCGUUUCCUUCCCUUCCCUUCUGGGAGACCUACCUUCCCUCCCCUGCUACAGAGUGUCUUGCAGCCUUUAGGGCCUGGGACAAGGGAAAGCCAGCAGUGCCGUGUUUUCAAAAAAUUCUGCAUGAAGGAUUUCGCUCUCAGAUCCAAAGAGCCAAGUCAAGCUGAGCUAAUGGCUGCUUUCUCUUGCUUUGAGUGGAAAACGGGGAGCACAGGCUAAAAGAGAACAGACUUUCAUACCUGUUUUUUGUCUUUUCUGGGUGUUUCUUUUUAGUUUUGGUGUUUCCUGCUAAUGAUGAAACUGCCAUGAGAAGGAAAUGCCCCUUCCUCGGACCCUUUCCCUUCACCUAUUUUCAGUUAUUGGUUGCAAUACGCUUCUCUGAAACAAAAAGUAUUUUCUGUGCUUGUUUUUAAAUCUGGAUUUUGAAGGUGAUGUGUCUCGUCUAAGACACAGAUGUGAUCUGGUGUCCACUGAACCUCGGAAGUCUUUGCUGUCCCUUCUUGUCCACGGGUUCCGGGUUCUUGCCUCCCGCCCCUUGCUUUCUUUCCUCCCCGCCGCCCCACCCCGGCCUCCACCCACGGUGCCUGGAGAAGAAGGCUGUUAUAGGAAACUUUCAGACUUUGCAAUCUGGCUUAAGAAUGGUCCCAUGGUGGAAUGAAUACCUUGAUCUCUCGCGAGGAAGAAGCUCUGCACCGGAAUGGCAGCCUGGUCUUUUUCUCACAAGCCGGAAUGAAUUUGCAUUGCAAGUUACUCCGACCACACAAAGGAAUACUUCAACUUCCAUAUGUGCGAUCCCUGACUCGAAUUUCACAUGCUGGUGAAAAUCAGGGGGACGGAUCUGCCACUGGAUCUGGGUGGCAAAACUGAAAGUGUAGUGAUGGAACUUGGCUCUCCUACCUGGCAAUUCAGGCUUAAAUUUGAAUUUUGAAAUCAGGAUAUAUAUUUUUUAAACACAUGCUUUUUUUUUUUUUUUUUUGAGUUGCUUGUUUUCCCAGUGGGGACACUUGCCAAAUAUGGAACACGCAGGUUUUUAUUUAGCUCUGCUUUUCCAUUGACUUCCUUUUACCUGUCUGAAAUUAUGUGGCUCGUUUUAGGAGGAUUGCCAUGUUGAUGUUUCUUUUGAGGUGGGGGGAAAGAGUUCAAUCCAGGGAGGACCGUGCUGUUCUGCACUUAAAUGCGCCAGAUGGUGGCAGCAUGGAAGGUUGGAGCACCUCCUCUGAGCCCAAACACUGUGGCUUUAAGUCUGUCAAAUGCACCUGUGUCAUUCUUGCAUAAAAUGGUCCAAGGGCAAGUCCUGCAGAAGCCCCCCCGCCCCCCUGAAAUGUCUGGGGCCUGCCCCUCAUUCCAUUGGGAAGGCUUGUGCAAGAGUACUUCGUACUGCAAUUGUGCCCUAAACUUUUGAUUUGGAGAAAAUUAUCCUGUAAUUUUUCAAGUAUUGCACAUGUAAAAAUUUAUUGAUAUUCUAACCAAGAUUUCUCCCAUGUCCAUAAAUGUUUAGCUUAUGGUCUAAACAUAAGCUAAAAAUCCCUCCCCCCCCCUUUUUUUAAAGUCAUCUCUGUUUUCCGAACUAUGCCUAUUACGGCUUUCAUUUUAGGUUUUGCCCAUUUUAGCGUGUGCCGUGGUUAUUCUUACGGCACACUGUCCCAAGAUUUAGACGUUUCCGUAGCUAAAACAAGAUCCCAUGCUGAAAAGGCCCUUGUAAUGUUUGGUGGAUAUUAAUGGAAAUCCAUGUUCUGAAAUGACCGUAACAGAAAAGAAAAGAAAAGUCUCUCGGGCACAGUCCACUGGCAGAGAACCCCACUGAAAUGACGAGAUGCAUCCAGGUAUAUGACCACGCUCUUGGGCCACUGCUUGCUGUUUUAGGGACAUUUGCACAUGCAGUGUUUCCCAGGGACGGUGUCUCAGCGCCUAGGAAAUGAGGAUGGACAGCUUCCUGCUAGAGCGCCCCAUUGGAUCUUUGCACUAUACCAAACUGCACAAGGAUUUUUUAAAAAGAGUUUGUAUUCUAUUCGUGAAAUCAACUAGUAGCAAAUUUGGUAUUUUCAAGGAUGGCUUUCUCAUGUGCACAACUUGGGUGGUGGGAGGGUGGGUGAGAGAGAGGAGAGGCAACCCUGUCUCCCCUCCCCGGCCCCACUGCUUUUUAACCUUUGCUGUGCGGUGUCCUGGCUGCAGUGGGGUGGACAAACUCCUGGGUCUGCCAUGAUUGUUAAUGUUGGAAGAUAAUCACCCUUCCCCCCAAAUUCCAAAGUGGCCUUCUAACGGCAAAGUCUGCAGUCCUGUGCACACUUACUUAGCAGUGUGUCCUAUUGAAUGCAGGGGGACUUACUUCUGAGUAAGCAGUAGGAUUGCACUGCAUGAUGUGUGUGUGUGUGUGCGUGUGCGUGUUUGUUCAGGAAGUUAUAUAGAGAUAUAUAUACGUGUGUGUGUGUACACACACAGACACAUACAUAUAUAUGUCAGCUUUUGAAUUUGUAAGAAGUUCAGAUUACUUUCCACCUGUACAAAACCUUGCAGCUCCUUCUUCCUCUGUGCCCCCAGGGAAGCAGGCUCACAAUCAAAUGUCCAUUUAUUUAGCUGUGCAUAAUCCCCAUUGCACAUGUUGGGGCUUACUUCUGAGUAAACGUGGAUAGGAUUGUGCGGUGAGGGCGUGAUCCUAAUUGUGUGUAUUUGGAAAUGGACGCCGUUGAAAUUAAAGGGAUGUAGUUUUGUUAAACGUGCUCAGAAGGCCGCAAGCACCAAAGCACACCUUCAGGACACUCGCAUAAAACAGCUUCCCCUGGGCUGUACCAUUUCCGACUACAAGUGCCUGUGCUUCCCUUAUAUAAACAACCGUAACCCCCUUGCUUCUCCAAAAUUUAGCACGGCAAAUUUGAGCGCAUUCAAACGUAACAGAGCGAUGCCCUUGCUUUUCACGGAGAAGAUGUGAUCACUGUUUAAGCCUACUGUUCCGAAGUCAACUGGCGUGCUGAGUAUUAGGUCACUUUUAUCCGGUGGAUUUCUACAGCUCUCCCGCUGUAGUGAAUGUUCAAGAUUUGGUGAAUCUUGACGGUGCCAAAUACAGUUGGUGCACGUCUCAAGAUAUCUCUCCACUUUGAGGGUGCAUGACAGAUCAGUGAAGUUUGGGGAUUGCGUUUAGGUAGUGACUGGUGCAUCUCUUGAGUUUUGGACAUCAGUGGGGUUAUCAGCAUUAACCAAGCUCAAGGCAUUCUACCCAUGAAGCAGAAUGAAAAGGCAGAGUCUUGGUAGAGGUAGUAGAAUGGAUAAGUGUCACUUAAAACUGCAGAUGGGGAUAUAUUUUGGAAUGCCUAAAAGGCUGAAUGUAGAAAACUAGCACAGCAGGAAAUAAAGCAAGGCUUAGCUCUUUCUCACUGAGCUGCUAAAUCUCCCUUUCCACAGAGUCAUUUCACAUCUGGGUGUAUUCAGAAGUGGUCUCUCCUCCAUCCUAAAGCAUACAUUGUCCACUGUACCACUUUGUUUUUUGGUUGGGUUUAUUUUCGCUGCAUCUGUAAGCCAGGUCUAAUUUUCAUGGAGGACUGGUUUGGCUAAGAUGGGAGCAGCCAUAAAUACCCACUGUUCUAACUCAAAGAUUCUUGGCCCACCAGAAUAAUCUUUUAUAUCUGUUAAAUAACCUGUGAUGAUUGGCACAGGUUAUUUAACAGAGGUUGACUUCGCACACAUGGGGAUUGUUCCUCUCCUGGUGGGGUGAGGUGGGAGCAGUGCUUCAGCAAAAAUCUGAAUAGGUCUGAACUUUCCAAAGCUGACAAAAACGUUGCCUGUUUUUCUCCCCCUCUCAGGGCUGUUGAGCCAUCAGUGUGAGAAAGUAAGUCCAUAUGGAAUGUUCCAGCAUGGAGAACUUGACCCAUCUUUAUUUUGUACGUUGACUUGAGUAUCUAUCACCCAGUUUGCUCUAGGUUGGUGCAAUAAAAAGGGGUCAUGUUGUCAACUGGGCACGUGUAGGCUCCAUCAUCCAGCAUUGGAGGUUGGAAUCUACCUGUUUGAUCAUGUGAAUCUGCCUUGGCAGGGUCCUGGCUAUACUUAAUUGGAGUUUGCCUGGGUGGGCAAUUCUAUAUUCCAAACCCUGGCCCAAAAUUUCAGAUCUGAUUUUGCCCCCAAGUCCCAACCCUUCGUUGGAGGUAGUAAGGUGCUGUAGCUAAGCCGGCACCUCCUUUUGUAGUCCAGGCACCUGGUUUUAGAACGCAUGUAGAUCAACAUCAUAUGUAUCUUUUCCACGCCUUGAUGACAACUUUCUAGGCUACCAAGCCCAGAUCCGUCCCAGAGUCAACCAUUUUAAGAAGAAGAAAAAAUACUCUCAUCUCAUGAACACAGAACUUUUGGGAAAGAUGGCUAUAAAAAUAGCAAGUAGCUACCUAAAACAUUCCUUAGUGCCGCCAAAGCAAAAUAAGUAGGGGUGGUUUUUUGGGGGUGGGGGGAAGGUGUUCUUUUUUUUGUUUUUGUUUUUUUUGUGGAUGAACCAGGAGAAAGGGAAGAAACCAAACCAAAAACUUUUUUUUUGUUCAUUUGCCACAGUUGGAAAGAUAUUUAUGCACACUGUGGGGUGAGCCAGACAAGUGAGUCUGGCUGUGUGUCACAAAUUAGGUGGGUCCCAACCAAUUAUUCUCCUUCCCCCACUUUGCUACCAUCUUUUUUUUUUUUUUUAAACCCCCUCUUCUUCCAGGGUGUUACAAGUUUGGAGAGGACGCUUCUUGUCCUGACUGUGUGUUUGUGUGCCUGUGUGUGUGCUGUGCUCAGGUGACCUCCUUUUUGUAUCGGAGGAAGCGUGCCAAUCAAUUUGAGAGGCUUUAUCAGAUAUUUCAAAAAAUAAUAAUUUUUUUUUCCAAAAAAAAAAAAAAAUGUGUCUUGGUUUUUUGGGAAUUAAAGUGGGAGAAACUGGUUGUUUUCACACAGGAACGAAGCUCUUCUAUGCAGAUCUUUUGCAAAAGGUUUGCUUUUGAUACAGCAAAGUCGUCUUUGGUUUAACAGUAGCAGGGUUGACAAAAUCUCGGUAAAUAUUAAGCUGAAAAGAAGAAAAUCAUUCAGAUCAGUUCUAAAACUGGGAUGUCUUUUACUCCAUUUUUAAGUAAAAUAGUGUGGAUUAUACAA